ACAGUGAUCACUGCUCUCACUUUCAUCAGAGGGGUACGAGUCUGUCUUCUCACUGCAGCAGGCUUCUCCUUCUCAUUGCUCUAUUCCCCUCUCUUGCUUUGUUCACGCUGUGCUCUCCAUCUGAAGCAGCGCCACACUGGAGCUUUAAUGAGCAGGCUGAGAGAGCGAGCGCAACGCACAGAUCUCCCGUCAGCCAAAGAAGAGCGCACAACUCUCAACGGCAUAGGAGGCGACCAGACGAGCUGCUGAUCUGCAGUCAGCUUAGAGGCAACUGAAGAAGCCAAAUAUCCUCUCUGUGCGAGGCGUAGGAAGAGGUCGUGAAGAGACUUCGGAGGCAAAUCAGCUGAGAAAGGGAGAGAAGGAGGGGAGAAAAAAAGAGAGAGAAGACUACUCUGGUGUGGAAAGCUGACCUUCGGUGCACUCCAAAGAAGAAGAAGGAUCGGCCAUGGAGGAGACGCUCACCUGCAGUCGAAGCCCUUUCUCUCAGGUGUUUGGGCGCCAGGGUCAGCUGAUGCAAGCCACUGUGCAGUCGCUGAACAGUCUGAAUGACCAGAUUGCAAGCUUUAUGGUGACCAGGCCCAAACCCCUGGAGCCGGAGGAGCAGACCUACUCUCCUCCGGAGAAGGAGACGCUGCAGAAGUCCAUGAACCUGAUGCGGCACCUCCUCGUCGACGCUCAGGCAAAAAUCCUGAAAAUGAUGGAUGACAACAAGCAGCUGGCCCAGCGCAUCGAUGGGGCCAUUCAGUCGGCCAGCCAGGAGGUGACCAACCUGCGGUCUGAGCUGAGCGCCACCAGCCGCAGACUCGCUGAGCUGGGGGCAACGGACUCCUCCGCCAGCAUGCUGGAGACGGUGCAGCACAACCACAACGAUCCGUCACCUCAACACAAGCAGAAACCCCCAACCACGGACCUCUGCUACAAGACUGAAAUCAGCAGCCUCAUGGACUUCAACUCUCCUGAUGCCUCAUUGGACAAAGUCCUGCUGCGCGAAGAGGUGGCCCAGCUCCAGGAGGAGGUGCACCUGCUGCGGCAGAUGAAGGACAUGUUGAGCAAGGACCUGGAGGAGACCCAGGGAGGCUGCUCGGCUGACGUCCUGUCCGCCACGGAGCUGCGAGUGCAGCUGGCCCAGAAGGAAGAGGAGCUGGAUCGGGCCAAGGAGGCUUUACAAGCCAUGAAGUCGGACCGUAAACGUCUCAAGGCGGAGAAGGCCGACCUGGUGAACCAGAUGCAGCAGCUUUAUGCCACACUAGAGAGCCGGGAGGAGCAGCUUCGGGACUUCAUACGCAACUACGAGCAGCACAGGAAAGAGAGCGAGGAUGCAGUAAAGGCUCUGGCCAAGGAGAAAGACCUCCUGGAGAGGGAGAAGUGGGAUCUGAGACGGCAGACCAAGGAGGCCACGGAGCACACGGGCAUGCUGCGCUCCCAGCUCGACCUCAAGGAGAACCGCAUCAAGGAGCUGGAGGCUGAACUCGCCAUGAUGAGUAACUGUGUCAAUCAGAGAAUGGAGUUCCGGGUGUUUGAGCGGCUUGUGGACAGGGACUACUCUCCUAGGGUCACAGCGGCCAAACAGUCACUAGCCACGCUGACAAAGGAUGUGCCCAAGCGUCACUCAUUGGCCAUGCCCACGGAGGCGGUCGUCAAUGGCAACAACCAGGAGUGGGUGAUGCAGGCGGAUCUUCCCCUGACUGCUGCCAUCAGGCAAAGUCAGCAGACCCUCUACGUCCACACGGGCCAUCCCACUGACAGACAAGUGGCUGCGGUGCGAGUGAGCCCCAUCCACUCGCGUCAGCCCUCCAUCAUCUCUGACGCCUCUGCAGUGGAGGGAGAUCGGUCGUCGACACCCAGCGACAUAAACUCGCCACGUCACCGGACUCACUCCCUCUGCAAUUCCCUAGAAGAUCUGGAGGAGGCGAAGCGUAAGAAGAAGAAAGAGAAGAUGGGGCUGGGCUCGCUGUCGCGUGUCUUUGCCCGGGGAAAGCAACGCAAGUCUCUGGACCCCGGUUUGUUUGAUGGUACUUCCACACCCGAUUAUUACAUAGAAGAGGAUGCAGACUGGUAAAAAGCACAGCUCUCUGAGUGAACCCACCUGUGGACCACCUUGCAUUUAAUGUGUGAGAGGACGGAUGUCGGAGUGUAUAGAUAUAAUAUAAUACAUGCGCCUGUUUAGCCCCACCACAAGGGGGAUAAUUGUACAUGUUCGUGUGUGUGUGCGUGUGUGCGCGCGUGUCGGUGUGCACGUGCGUGGUUAGGCCGCCGGUCAGAGGCCGAGUCAGGAGCCAGAGGCGCGUCUUGCUUCGCCGAAGUCUAUCUCUUAUUGAACACAUUGCACCUGUAUGUAUGUACACUUCUGUAAAUACAAAAACACAGCAACAAUGUGGACUUGCUCUGUCAAAGCUGUGUUCCUGGAUCUUCUUCUUGACUUUUUGUUUUCAAAAAGCUGGAAACUUGAAGGACUGCUGUAUCUGUAAAUAACAACGGUUGUUGUGCACUCUGUGCUUGUAAAUGUCUCCAUGUUCCGAUUAACUUUUGUUCAUUUUGACAUGAAUUCCCCUCACAACUCAAAGCCCCUUUGUUUUUUUUUGUUUUUUUGUCCUGCCUGGUCCUCCCCUCCCUUUUCACACAGCCAUGAUGAGAACAGUUUCCUGUAGGCAACAUGCAGACUCCUCACUUCCAACAACAAUUAGAUUAUCAUUUAUCGCAUUCCUCAGAAAACGAAAACUGAACAGGGGCUCUAAUUGGUUGCCAAAGAGCCGCUGAGCACGGGGUCAGCUUUCUACGCUGACCCGUUAUUUCAAUAAUAAUAAUGAAGCCAAACAGGAAAUGCAAAAAAAAAAAAGGUUUCUAUCAGCUAAGAUAGAACGUACAGUGCCUUGUCAAGGUAUCCAUUUUUUCUUUUCUCCACAUUUUUGCAAAAUAACUAAUUAUUUAAUUCCAUCCAAUUGAUACUCUGGUUGUAUAUCUGUUCUAUAUCUAUAGCAGUUUUUUACUCCAGGAUUACUCCAUCCAUGUUUCUAUCAACUCUCACCAGCUUCCCACAAAUCAUGAUGCUGCCGCCAAUGUGUUUUACCAUGUUAGGCCAAAACGUUACAUUCUGUUUUCACCUGACCAGAAAUCAUGCUGUAAAGCCUAAAUGAGAGCUUGCAAAAUAGAAUCGAGGGCAUAUCCAGUUGAUGUGAAAUUAGCUUAUUACCAUCUUUUCACAAUGUCUUUCUCUUCAUCUGUCUUUCUUUGAGGUCAGAUUUGUUAAGUGAACAGCUAAGAGUUUUCUGUUUUUUGUCCCUUCUGAGAUGUGAAUCUCUGUAGCUCCUUCUAAGUUUUAAGUGGGCAUCUUGGCUGCUUCUCUCAUGAGCCAGAAUGCAUUAAUGAAGCUCCUUAACAAACUAAUAUCAACGAUAUUAACAAACAGUUGUCACAGUAUUUCAUAAGUACUUCUUAAAGUUAAAUAAUAAUAAUAAUAAUAAUAAUAUCUUGUUCUUCCGACCCUCUGGGAUUUAACAGUUGUUUUUGUGAUUCUUUUUGCAAUCAAAAUCACUGAUUAUGUGGAGCUAAUUUAGAAAUAUUCACGAGGAAUUUUGCAAUAUUUGCGUUCAUGUGCGACGUCAUUCAUGACUUUGUUAAUCAUCGCAUCGGUCACGGACCGGCUAAUUAUUUGACAUCACCUGAGGCUGAGGCAACAGUGUUGUAAAAUGAGAAGAAAUACUGCCCCUUACAAGGGAAAGUUACCAAUAUUUUUCACAAUUUAUGGUGGAAAUUUUGAAACAAACCUUAUGCACUAGAAUGACAAAAUGACUGGGAUCCAUUGAUUUCGCGUGAAUUUCUGUGAUUGAUGUAAUUUAGCAUCUGGAGUCUAGAGGGCCACAUAAAAAGCUAUGGUUUACCAGAUUUGUCCCCCGAGCACUGAGUUUGACACAUGUGCUUUCGUAGGUAUUGAUGGCGCGUUUAACAUUGCUUUGUGAUGAGCUAAAAUUUAAAAGGUUUUUUUUUUUUUUUUGUAAUCUAACUCAGAUUAAAUCUGCAGCACAGCUUUAACCUUGAUGUGCCUGCAGUGACCCUUGAUCUCUAUGGUGUUGCUUGUUCACUAGUGUCCUCAAACGUCCUUGAUGGAUCAGCUGGGCCUAUUCUAAGAGACUGUGUGUAUAAAUCAGGUAAUCGUUAGGCAGACUGUUUCAUCGGCGUUUAUGGGGUAACGGAGUAAAGAGAGCUAAAUGGUUUGUACAUCAUUCAGAUUUUUUUAGCUCAACCAUGAAUGCCUUCACGGUUAUGGGUUGCUCUGUGUCAGUCCGUCACAUAAAGUCCAUUGAGGUUUGUGGCUGUGAUGUGACAAAAUAUCCAAACGUUCGAGGGAUGCUUAUGCAAGACAAUGCACACACCUGAACAUGGAACAUGCAUGCAAAUAGCCACAGACCCCCAAAGCAUGCUGAGAGGGUUGUGUUGCAUAUGUUGUCAAGAAGGCACUUAAAAAAAAAAAAAAAAGAGAGGCCAGUUACUGAUUUCAUGAUGUUUAUUCGUGGUUUUGUCAGAUUCAAAUGCAUCCUUUUUGAUUUUUAAGCUCGGCUCUUUAAUUUUGUUUGAUUACUCUGUUAGGGCAAGGCAACAUUUCCAAGUGGAAAUCAAUUUGGAAAUUUCAAGAUCAGCAAAGUUGUCAAGAAACCAACACUAAUUUUAAUCAUUCAUAGUUUUUCCACCCAUUUUCUUUUAACUUGAUCUCGCAGUUGCUCGCAGCUAUCAUUAUGCUAAUACCCCGAAAAGCUGCUGGGGUUGGAUUAUAGUGGAGGAGCCUGUCUAAAAUUAGAAGCUAGAUACAAAACUGAUGGUCAAAACUUUUGCAGACCGCUGGAAUCAAAGUUGUUUUUAAUUAAUAACUGGAACUGCAAUUAAAAGAAGCGUACAUUAAACAAAAGACUCUAACACUGAUGAGGGCCAUCUCAGAAGGUUAGAAAUCAGGACUUAAUAAGCAUACUAAUCAAGUAAAAGCAUUGCUUUCCAGGUGACCCCCGGAGCUCACUAGACAUUCUUCAGUUUAAGCUACUACUGGGAAAAAAAAAAAAAAAAAAGCAAUUAGCUCUGUGUUAAAGGUUAAUAACAUUUCUUCAAGCCAAAGAAUGUCCAGAGACACAGGAUUCUUUUCAUCCUGGAUCAAAUUGGAGUCUGCACUGCCCCCACUGGAAAUCUCUUCUCUCCCUGACAUUAAAUUAUCACUGGGUAUUCAUUAGCUGUACCAAAAACCACCCCAAAACGGUUCCAGAAGGCACUGGAGCUAUUUUUUUAACCAGACUUUACGAGAAAAGAGGAUCUUUGGAAAAAUAUUUGCUACCAGACUUUUUUUUUUUUUUUUUUUUUUGCAUGGUCACAGUUCAAUGUUUCAGAUCAUCAAACUAAUUUUAAUAUAAGACGUGAAAACUUGAGUAAAUAUAAAAUGCAGUUUCAAAUCAUGAUUUUAAUUCGUUAAGCUAUCCAAAGCAUCCUGCCCUUGUGUGAAAAAAUAAUUGCCCUCUAAAACCAGCUACUAAUUGUUCCACCCUUGCCAGCAACAACUUCCAUCAGGUAUUUAUGAUAAUUGGCAAAUGAGUCUUUUACAUCACUGUGGAGGAAUUUAGCCCACUUUUCUUCACCCCAGUAUGUAAAUCAGCCUCACUGGAGGGUUUUAAAUAGCCUACUCUAAGUCAUUACCAAAGCCUUUAAUUCAGAUUUAAUUCCAAACUUUGACUUGAAGAUCUUAUUUUGUUUUUUUUAUGAUUCAGAGGCAGAUUAGCUAGUGUGCUAGAGUUGAGUCAUGGAGCCUUGUGAAGCUUCAUAACUCGAGCACGUUUGAGUUUUAAGACGAGAACAUAUGACUGGACAUUCUCACCUGCUUGAUUAUCUGAAACAUUUAGGCGUGACAAUAACGGAAAGUAAAAUGUAGGAAAUUCAAAGAUAAAUUAUCGCAUAUUCGGCUGUAUUUAUAGGAACAACUCAACCAGUUAAGGUAUUCAUUAUCAAAUAUUAUAUGGGGAAAAUACAGGCUACUUUUUAUGUUUUCAUUUAACCAGUUUUUACCUGCUGACGGGGGGGAAUCUACAUAUCAAAUGCAGCAUUGUAUGAUUUCAUAUUCUGAGCCACGGUGUGUUUUUAUUCUUCCACAGAUAUUUUACUUUUUUGUAAAUGAGAUAGCAUUACAGAAAUGAGAUGAAUAUUAUUGUUAUUAUUAUUGAAGAGUUUUAUUUAAAGUCAGAUAUGUAGGCCUCAGUGUGGAACUGAGAUAUUUAGAAGUAGAUAGUAGCAACUUUCUAAGGCAUGGCAACGACGUUACGCUAAAAAAAAGAAAACGAAUUAAAAAAAAAAAAAGAUUAUUUUAAAAUAAAAUAAAGGAUAAUGAUUUCUAUGUGGCUGUCCUCUCUUUUUCUGUGUUUGUGUUGUUUAUGUGUUUUUUGUGGUUGUUUGUUGUUACUUCUGUCCCUUUCUUCACGUGGGGGAGCUGCAGUGUGCAGCCUUCAAAUGGCCUUUUUUUCCUCUGUUUCCCUCUCUGAUUUCUUCAUUCCCAGCUAAUUUUUUCCCCGCUACAUUCCCCACAAAGCUGCAUUAGUUUUGUCAAAACAAAAGGGACAAGGGAAGAUAAGGCCAUGCCAGAUCUCAUGUGUGAGCGCAUGGUGUCAGUAAUGGUGUGUACCAAUGUGACCACUAACCUGUAACUCUGACCCCUUCCUGUCAAACUCCCAUCCUACUCUCAACACAGUGGAGCGACCCAAGAAGCAACCAGUCACAUUCAAAGAGUUUGGAGGAAAGACGAUUUCUUGUUGCUUCAACAAAGAGUUGCAUUGGGUUGCAAACUGUGUUGGCAGAUACCUUCUAACUUUCAAACAACGUCACACUCUGACCCGACUUGGCACUUCUUCAAGUUGAAGUGUAGAAGUUUUUUUUUAUAUAUAUAUAGAAAAAGAUGUAACAUGUGAAACAGAAAGUGAGUGCUGAAACAUAAACAGGCUUUUGAGAGCAACAGUAAGUUUCAUGAUGUACAUUGGCAAGUAACUUUAUUAGCCACAUCUUGGUAGAUUUUUUUUUUUUUUAAGAACUGUUAAGAACUUGGACUUAAAAAAUGUCAAAUCUAGCAAAAUGUGUAAAAGCAAACAACAACAACAACAAAAAAGCAAAGAAAGAACAAAAAAAUAAUAACUUGUGGUUUAUGUCAGAUUAAUUUCCAAUUUUGCUGUUAUAAUUUUUUAAAGAUAUUAUUAAAUGCAUGAGCGGAGGCCACUGAAGGUCAGUCAGGACACAUUACCCAGAUCAAACAAAAGCGGUGUCAAUGUUUUGUGCAGUUUGUUUUGGUUUGGACAACAAAAUAUUGUUUAUGCCACUAUCAUUUUACAGACUCUAAAGUAUAGAUCAGUUUUUGUUUUACUUUAUAUUGAUGAUGAUAUUCUCAUAUUCCAUCAUCAUCCCAAAAGUUCUCAAAAUCUAUUACUGAAAAAAACAAAUACAGACUUGGAUUUUUCCAUGUUGUUUUGCCAGAAAGACAUCCAGAACAACAAAUAUUUUCUAAUAGAAUAGGCUGUAUUCUGUUGCAGGCUUUAGUUCAUUUAAACUGAUGUAUGGUGAUAAUAUCUCACAUGGAGUUGAUUUAUUUCAGAAGAUUUUAUAUUGCACCCUAUUUCCAUCGAUAAAGGUUUUCAUCCCCAUCUGAGUCAGAUGACUCUUCUGAAAUAUGACUGAUUAUGUUCAAACCUCCCUAUCAAACCAAGUUAACAGAAUGUGGUUGAGGAGUUUUCAAUCAGUAUAUUUUAUCUGUAUUUUUCAUCUUCUAAGAUUUUGUGAUGCUAAGAGCCUUUAUUUACCCUGACAUGAGAGGAAAGCAGGCAGACAGAGAAAAGGGAAAACGUUCAGCAAACGUUGUGGGGCCAUGGAGUCGAAACCUGCACGACUGUGCUGAGGAGUAAUUGCCUCUAAAUGUUUCAUGAUGUCUACCAUUUAAGCACAGGCUGCGUCCACAAUUAGAUUUUUAGUUGUUUUUU